AUGAUCAAAAACAAGAAAGGCAAGGGCAAGCAACCGGCCGAGAUCAACCUUGUACCUGAGGAUCAACGCAUCUUUAACAACCUUUACUUCUACUUCUUUCCCAACAGCGAUACACAUCCUGGUCGCAGUCAGAGGAUCAUCAGAGCCAUAGAGUAUGGCGCAUCGUGGCAGCGCGAGUUCAACGACACCGUCACUCACAUUAUUACUGAUAAAGAAUAUGACUACCCACAAUUGUUGAAAUAUCUCAAGAUCAACGAGCUGCCUGCUGGCGUUAUUCUAGUCAACGAGAACUACCCGCCAUCAUGUAUGGAGUUCUACAAGCUGGUCGAUUCAUCGAGUAUUGAGUUUAGAGUCAAGGGCUACGAUAUGCCUGCUCCUGUUUCGACGGCACAACCCCAGUCGGGUCCAUCUCAAGUGUCUGACGUGUCUCUGAAACUCAAGCCUGCGAAAAGAAAGGCAGCAGCGCUCUCUUACCACCUAACCCCUCAGCCAGAAGCGAGUCCUGAUAUGGUCUCCUCUGCCGCGUCGUCAUCAAAUCCUCCUGCACCAUCUGGUGCCGACGAGCAGCAAGAGGUCAACAAGGACGAGGAUGAACUCGAUUCAGCCAUUAGGGAGGCCAAAGAGUCACACCCCCUUGCAUCUGACGACGAAGAAGAUGACCAACGUCAUAAGAGACGCAAAACCAGCAACUGGCAAGACAAAUUCCAAUGCAUGCACAAACACACUGGCGGCAGUGGCGAUCGAGGACCCAAUGCUCAAACCUUGUCCAUCUUGCAAGAACUGGCAGAUUACUACGAUCAAACUCGCGACCAGUGGCGUUCGAAAUCAUAUCGCCAAGCCAUUUCGGCAUUGAGGAAGCACCCAACCAAGGUGACGACCAAGGAGGAAGCAAUGCGCGUCUAUGGCAUUGGCACCUCGAUAGCAGAAAAGAUCGAAGAAAUUGUCAGGACAAGUCACCUGCGCAAGCUCGACUCUACAAAGAUGGAUGAGCGACAACAAAUCCUCAACAGAUUCUUGAAGAUAUAUGGUGUUGGUUUGCAUGCAGCAGAGCGAUGGGCUAGUGCAGGUUACAAAACACUCGAUGAUUUGCUUCAGAAGGCCGAGCUGACAGACAACCAACGCAUCGGCAUUGCUCACUACGAUGACUUCAACAGUCGUGUGCCUCGCGCUGAGGUUGAGAAACACGCUGCAACAGUAAAACAAGCACUCGAAGGCUUAAACAAAGGAUACAAAAUCUACACUAUGGGAUCAUACCGCCGCGGUGCCAAAGACUCUGGCGAUAUCGAUCUACUCAUCACCAAACCAGGAGCAUCCAUCGACGAGAUUCGCGAGACGGUUAUGGACCGACUCGUGCCAUUGCUCACGAAACAGAAAUUCCUGGUUGCUGCAUUGGCACAAACCUCACAAUCUGACGGCACCAAAUGGCAUGGCGCUUCCUGUCUGCCUGACAGCAGUAUCUGGCGUCGUAUAGACUUGCUCCUCGUACCGGAGGAAGAGCUCGGAGCAGCCUUGCUCUACUUUACCGGCAAUGACAUCUUCAACCGCAGUAUGAGGCUGCUGGCUAGCAAGAAAGGAAUGCGCUUAAACCAGCGUGGACUCUACAAGGAUGUAUUGAGGGAUUAUGGCAGGGAGAAACUGAGCGAGGGCACGCUCGUGGAGGGAAAGGAUGAGCGAAAGAUCUUUGAGGCGUUGGGUGUACCCUGGAGACCACCAGAGCACAGGAUCUGCUAG